UGUUCACACUCGGGGCGGCUCCUGCUGGUUCUGCGUCUGCGUCUCCCUCUCCUUGACUGGAAUCCUACAACUCUCUCCCGGAUCGUUUCGUCCACUUUCUUGCCGCCACAUCAGGUCUUUGAGCCCGGCCCGUGGGGACCCGGAGCCAUGGCUUCCAUGGGGCUACAGGUGAUGGGCAUAGCCUUGGCUGUGCUGGGCUGGCUGGGCGCCAUGCUGAGCUGUGCCAUGCCUAUGUGGCGUGUGACGGCUUUCAUCGGCAGCAACAUCGUCACGUCGCAGGUCACCUGGGAGGGUCUGUGGAUGAACUGUGUGGUGCAGAGCACGGGCCAGAUGCAGUGCAAGGUGUACGACUCGCUGCUGGCGCUGCCGCAGGACCUGCAGGCCGCCCGCGCGCUCAUGAUCAUCUGUAUCAUCGUGGCCGCCGUGGGCGUGCUGUUGUCUGUGAUCGGGGGCAAGUGCACCAACUGCGUGGAGGAUGACACGGCCAAGGCCAAGACCAUGAUCGUUGCGGGCGUGGUGUUCCUGCUGGCCGGCCUGCUGGUGAUGGUACCCGUGUCCUGGACGGCCCACAAUGUCAUCCGCGACUUCUACAACCCGCUGGUGGCUUCGGGGCAGAAGCGAGAGAUGGGAGCCUCGCUCUAUAUCGGCUGGGCCGCCUCGGGUCUGCUCCUGCUUGGUGGUGCCCUGCUCUGCUGUAACUGCCCACCCCGCGCCGAAAAACCCUACUCUGCCAAGUAUUCCGCCGCCCGCUCGGCGCCGGCCAGCAACUAUGUGUAAGGUGC